AUGUCGAACGGUCAACACAACGCCAUCGUUUUUGAUCAAGACAUCGACUUCAAACAGAGAAAUCAAGAAAUGGACUCCAAUCUGAGACGUGAACCGUUGUUUCUGGUCCCAAAGGAGUCGUUCAAGCACCGCAUAAAACAGGUAGAGAACCCUUAUCAUAGAAAUUUAUUCAGCGUGCAACAAUCUUUCAAUCGGCGUAGCUUUUUGUUUCCGGUUGGAAAUUACUCGAGAUAUAAAAUGUGCAAUAAUUGUUUUAUCAUAAAUUUUGACUUCCUCAUCGAAAAUGACAUAUGUGCAAAUAAAAACUUUACACUAGUCUAUCUGGUGUUUACUAAAUACAGCAAUAUAGCCCAAAGAACGGCUCUGCGAAAGACCUGGUUAUCUGACGUGAGAACAUCAAAAAAUCAAACAUAUAUAUUUGUAACAGGAAGAGGCCCACAAAGUGAAAACGUUCACAUCGAAAACAUGAUCCGUGAGAACAAUGAAUAUAAGGAUAUUCUCCUUGUAGACUUUUUAGAUUCGUAUUCAAAUUUGACAUACAAAACUGUCAUGGCUUUCAAAUGGAUUACACGUCGCUGUCCUCAGACAGAGUUUGUAAUGAAAGUCGAUGACGACGUCUGGGUGCAUAAACCAAUAUUGAUGAUGACUCUGCGACACAAAAAAUUCCGCUUCGGAGGUUACUGUAUGUUUAAUUCUUCGCCUUUCAGAAACAUGGACAGUAAAUAUUAUGCGUCAUAUGAAAGUUUCCCAGAACGUGUAUAUCCUCCAUUUUGCUCUGGGACUGCAUAUCUUACAAAAAUCGAUGUUAUACAAAAGAUAUUGCUAGUAUCGCCAAAUGUUACAUUCUUCCAUCUUGAAGACGUUUACAUGGCUCUCUGUCUAAGAGAACUACGCAUCGGUGUUUCUACAAUCAGAGGAUUUAACGCCCACAAAAUUCUGGCAUCCAACUGCUUAAAUAAAUCUCCAUUCGUUAUAACGAGUCACGGCUUCAUACCUGAAGAGAUGAAACAAAUAUGGCAACAUCAGUGCAACUUCGAGAGGCGGAUGAGGAAGGGGUUAUCGCACAUGAAAAGACAAUCCUCCCUUCGAAGGGAAUGGCCGCCACAUGCACGUGCAUGGAACUAUGUUAGAAUGAAUGCAAACAGCAACAAAAGUCCUCCUAAAAACUCGCUAAAAAGACAUCCAGGAAGACAUUGA